AUGGAUGACGAGUUCGAGUAUGAGUACCACGACUCCGAGACAGAGACCUUCUACCUCAACCUCGACCUCUCCUCCCACCACGGCCCGCUACGUGCGCCUCGCCGCCGCCAGCCCGCGUCCUCCUCGAACGAUGCUCCCCUUCCGGAUGAGAGCAAUCCUACCUCUGCCAACAAUGACCUCACCCCCCUCGACAGCGCUGAAACAGAGUCCCUGCCGACCGAGCAGAUCCAGAUUCUCGGUCUCCACACCAGCAAUCCGAUUGUCUCAUACCAUAACCAAGUGUUCACCUGCGCCUGGGCCGACCAGAUUGGCACCGAACUCGUCUUCUCUCAUCCAGAUCCAGAUGCCGACCACCACACGGCUCCUUUGCGGACAGGCGAGUCCUUUGAACUGCUCGCCGCCAACAGCGUGAAAAUCCUCGGUCGCAAAGCGAACCUCACUUCCAGCUCGGGAGGAGCAGGCGAACAGAAUCUCGAAUCCCACCUCUCGACAUCCGAGUCUACCCCACGGCUACUGCCCCGCCGAGGCGCUGCACCCACGAACCAGGCCCAAUUCCUGGAGAGAUUGCAAAAUAUCAAAGCGGCCCGAGGCGAGACCGACACGGUUCGCACGGUCAUGAGCACGCGGCGCAACAUGAACCUGGGAGAGCGGCUCAAGGGCUGGGCCCGGACCGAAGAGCAAAUUGCGGAGAUCCAACGCCUCAAUGAAAAGGCGAACGCUGGUGACCUCGACGCCACGGCAGCACUCGAGAACUUGUGGAUGCAGCUGCAGAUCAGUCAGCCCGAACCCGGAGCUGCCGAGGAAAGCGCAUCCUAG